AUGCUUUCUUUCUGCCCCAACUGCUCCAAUAUGCUACUAAUCUCUACAGGUGACAAUAACAUCCAUAGACUAAACUGUCCCACAUGUCCAUAUGAAUUCCCAAUCGCUGGUGUAGAGAUAUAUGACAGAAAAGAACUACCAAGAAAACAAAUAGAUGAUGUUUUGGGUGGUGAUGGUGCUUGGGACAACGUUGAUCAAACAGGUGCACAAUGUCCAGUGGAUUCAUGUGGUAAUGAUAAGGCAUAUUUCUUCCAAUUACAAAUUAGAAGUGCGGAUGAACCUAUGACGACUUUCUAUAAGUGUGUUAAAUGUGGUCAUCAAUGGAGAGAAAAUUAA